UCGUGGACCGGCGGAAGCUCCACGUCAGAGGGUCCAGCGGGUGGCGCCGGGGGAGAAGCAGCCGAGAUGCCUUUGAGACUCGAUAUCAAACGGAAGCUGACCGCUCGGUCUGAUAGGGUAAAAAGCGUGGACUUACACCCGACUGAGCCAUGGAUGUUGGCCAGUCUCUACAAUGGAAGCGUCUGUGUUUGGAACCACGAAACCCAGACUCUAGUGAAGACCUUUGAGGUGUGUGAUUUGCCCGUAAGGGCUUCAAAAUUUGUGGCCCGAAAAAACUGGGUGAUCACAGGAGCAGAUGAUAUGCAAAUCAGAGUUUUCAAUUAUAACACACUGGAGCGAGUUCACAUGUUUGAAGCCCAUUCAGAUUACAUCCGCUGCAUUGCUGUACAUCCAACACAACCUUAUAUCUUGACCAGCAGUGAUGACAUGCUUAUCAAAUUGUGGGACUGGGAGAAGAAAUGGUCGUGCACUCAGAUUUUCGAAGGACACACACAUUAUGUCAUGCAAAUUGUGAUCAACCCAAAAGACAACAACCAGUUUGCUAGUGCAUCUUUGGACAGGACCAUUAAGGUGUGGCAGCUUGGCUCAUCCUCACCCAAUUUCACCUUGGAGGGUCAUGAGAAAGGAGUGAACUGCAUUGACUACUACAGUGGUGGUGACAAGCCCUACCUGAUUUCUGGAGCUGAUGACCGCCUGGUUAAAAUCUGGGAUUACCAAAAUAAGACGUGUGUACAGACACUGGAGGGUCAUGCACAGAAUGUCUCCUGUGUUAGCUUCCAUCCUGAGCUGCCGAUCAUCAUCACAGGUUCAGAGGAUGGCACUGUCCGCAUUUGGCAUUCGAGUACUUAUCGUCUGGAGAGCACGUUGAAUUAUGGAAUGGAACGAGUCUGGUGUGUCGCGAGUCUGAGGGGUUCCAACAAUGUGGCUCUAGGCUAUGACGAAGGCAGCAUCAUAAUUAAGCUUGGUCGUGAAGAACCGGCCAUGUCUAUGGAUUCCAAUGGUAAAAUUAUUUGGGCCAAACAUUCAGAAAUCCAGCAGGCCAACCUUAAAGCAAUGGGAGACACUGAAAUAAAGGACGGUGAAAGACUGCCCCUCGCAGUAAAAGACAUGGGCAGUUGUGAGAUCUACCCACAGACCAUCCAGCACAAUCCUAAUGGAAGGUUUGUUGUCGUGUGCGGUGAUGGGGAAUACAUUAUCUACACUGCAAUGGCUUUGAGAAACAAGAGCUUUGGAUCUGCACAGGAAUUUGUGUGGGCACAUGACUCAUCUGAGUACUCAAUAAGGGAAAGCAACAGUGUUGUAAAAAUUUUCAAAAAUUUCAAAGAAAAGAAAUCCUUCAAGCCAGAUUUUGGAGCAGAAGGUAUCUAUGGGGGAUUCCUUCUGGGUGUCAGAUCAGUGAAUGGCUUGGCAUUUUAUGAUUGGGAGACCACUGAACUCAUUCGCAGAAUUGAAAUCCAACCCAAAUAUAUAUUCUGGUCCGAUUCUGGUGAACUGGUCUGCAUUGCCACAGAAGACUCCUUCUUCAUUUUGAAAUAUCUUUCUGAGAAGGUGGCUACGGCACAGGAAACACAUGAGGGAGUUACAGAGGAUGGUAUUGAAGAUGCUUUUGAGGUUCUUGGUGAAAUUCAGGAGAUUGUGAAGACUGGAUUGUGGGUAGGAGACUGCUUUAUCUACACCAGCUCUGUGAACAGGCUUAACUACUAUGUUGGAGGAGAAAUCGUAACCAUUGCUCACCUUGAUAGGACAAUGUAUCUCUUGGGAUAUAUCCCAAAGGAUAAUCGCCUGUACUUGGGAGACAAAGAGCUAAACAUUGUGAGUUAUUCUCUGCUCGUCUCUGUGCUCGAGUAUCAGACUGCAGUCAUGAGGAGGGAUUUUGGUAUGGCUGACAAGGUUCUGCCCACAAUUCCAAAGGAGCAGCGGACUAGGGUGGCACAUUUCCUCGAGAAGCAGGGCUUCAAAUCACAGGCACUUGCAGUCUCUACUGAUCCAGAACAUCGCUUUGAACUUGCAUUACAACUGGGAGAACUGAAGAUUGCCUAUCAACUUGCUGUGGAAGCUGAGUCAGAGCAGAAAUGGAAGCAGCUAGCAGAGCUUGCCAUCAGCAAGUGCCAGUUUGCCCUGGCUCAGGAGUGUUUACACCAUGCGCAGGAUUAUGGUGGAUUAUUAUUGCUGGCCACUGCCUCCGGCAAUGCUGCAAUGGUUGACAAAUUGGCUGAAGUGGUGGAAAAAGAUGGCAAGAACAAUGUGGCCUUCAUGACUUACUUCAUGCAAGGAAAACUUGACAAUUGUCUGGAACUGUUGAUCAAAACAGGACGCCUGCCAGAAGCUGCCUUUUUUGCAAGAACCUAUCUCCCGAGUCAGAUCUCCAGGGUUGUGAAAUUGUGGAGAGAAAAUCUGUCUAAAAUAAAUCAGAAAGCGGCCGAAUCCCUAGCUGACCCCACAGAAUAUGAAAAUUUAUUCCCAGGCCUAAAAGAGGCGUUUGCAGCUGAGGCAUAUCUCAAGGAAACGAGCAGCAGGACUCUCCGACCUGCCAGAGAUUACCCCCUCAUCACUCCAAACGAAGAAAGGAAUGUUCUCGAGGAAUCAAAAAAUUACAUACCAUCUCAGUUAGAAGAGUCAGUACAGAAACCUUCUGAACAAGCUGUUGAGGAACUGGUAACGGUUGUGCCUGAGGCAGCUCCAUCAGUGGCAGACACAGUCUCACAAGCAGUGGCAGCAGUUUCUGUGCCAACUAAGUCAGAGGAACUGGAUCUUCUGAUCAAAGAAAAGGCUCUGAAUGAUCUUGAUGAUGACUUGGAUAACUUGGAGCUGGAUGACAUCGAUACUUCUGAUGUCAAUUUGGAUGAAGAGUUUUUGGAUGACUAAGAUGAAACCACCAAGCAUUUUAAAUACGUGACCAAAUUUCUUACUGAAUGAAUGAGUGUACUUCCCAGCCUUUCCUCGUAAUAAGUGAGAUGUGACAAAUCUUUCAACUUCAUGGAUAGAUCUAAAGUGUUAAAAAGCUGAAUCGUUAAGUUGGUGGGAUUUUGAAGUGAUUUAUAUCAUACUGAAACACAUAUGGUUACCUAGCCAGUAGGCCACAUCAACAAACAGCAUGUCUAAUGUUAAAGCACACUGUAAAGUACUUAGCGGGAUUAGUGUUGCAUAAUUGAACAGUUGCUUCUAUUAUUCUGCUGUAUUAACUCCAAAUAAAAUUGAUUACAAUUUUCAUUACUGUGGCUGUGACAGUAGUCCUCUACAAAGGUGAAUGGAUAAGCCAUGCAGUCUUUUUUUCCCCCAGACAGAUAAACCUAAUCUUGGGCUACAAGGAACUAGAACGGCCCAUUUGAUCUAUUUCAUAUGAAAAAUGCAGUAGUCUUUUUUGACUGGUAUUGAGUCUCAAAGCAUUAAAUCUUCAAAAUAAAUAAAAUCUCUGUACCUGCAGUGGUUUUAAUUUAAGAUUAUUUAUUUUCUAAGGGAUCACAUUACACUUCUGUAAGAGCUAGGUUAUUUCCAGCAGUUGUCAAAAAAUGUUAAAAAGUUAUGUCAUUGCUGCAACUGCUCAUAUGUAGGCAGAAGGUUAUGUGUUAAGCCCCAAGUUCAGACUUUAGUUCAUAAUCGAUUCUAAUUCAGGACUUGUGGAGGGCUCCAGGCUUUACGAUGAGACGUUAAAUCAAAGAUACAUCUGCCUGUUCCGAUGGAUAUUAAUCAUGUUAUAUUUAAGAAAAGGGCAUUUUUACUGACUAUUGAUGCUCCAGAUUAAUCGGUCUUUUGACCCAGCUGUAUGUGGGAUUUCGCUGUUGCAGUUUGCCUACAACUUCUAGACAGUACUUACCUCUGAAGCACUUUGAGAUGUUUUGACGUGAUAAAAUAGAAGUUAUUUCUGAUCUUGUUUCAAAUCUGCUAUGCCACAAAUAAAAUGAUUUCAAAACCUA